AUGGAAAACAAAACUAGUUCGAGGUUAGAGAUUGUUCUUCCGGGUCGGAUUGAAACCGGUUUGGAGGAAAUCUACAAGAAACACAAGUGUGGUCCGAUAAACAAUGAGACGAGGAAGAGACUGUCUUUAGUUUCUGAGGAGGUGGCUUCUGAUACGCUCAAGAAGGUUUUAAAUUCGAAGCAUGUGAUUUCUCUUGACGGAUUCAUCAAAUAUUUUGUUGAUCAGAGCUCGGGCAAGUCUCCGGCUCAGUCUCCUCCUUACGAUGGAGGAUCUCUGCACAGUCCUCAGCUCUUAGCUUUAGCUGACCUUGAAUUUAAGAAGAUGUUUUUGUUGCUUAGCUAUAUCCCAGGGCAAGACUUGAGUAAGGUUAUAACUUGUGAUGAGAUCAGACAAUUGAAGGACUUGCCUAUGGUUGCAUAUGAAAUAGCGUCACUUGAAUGGGAUAGCGGAAAGACUCAUUACUAUCAGUGUCAUGUCGCUUUGGACGGUGGUCACACUUUCAAGGGCCCUCUUCUUGAACACACUGGAACACACCUUCACAAGGUCUUAGGCGAUGAAAAUGUUUUGACGGUCAAAUUUGCGGAUGCACCGAAAAGCUCUUCAACCAGUUGUAAUGACCGUGACUUUAUAUAUAAAGGGAUUGCCAAGAAUGGUAUCAUGAUUGGUUUACGUCGUUAUCAAUUCUUUGUUUUCAAAGAUGGAGGGAAAGAAGAGAAGAAGAAAGAUUUUUCUACGAAGGGAGUGAAAUGCUACUUCAUACGCACGGACUCUACAUCUUCAAACGAUAUGGGAAGUCCCUAUAUCUUCUCCGGGAAGUCAAUCCAUGAAGCUCGUAUGCAUUUUAUGCACGCUCAUACAUUGCCAUCUUUGGCCAAGUAUAUGGCAAGGUUCUCUUUAAUUCUGUCAAAGACUAAGAAGCUUGAAGUUGACAUGGCUGGGAUUACAAUCGAUGAAAUCGAUGAUAUACGCUGCCAUGAUCAAUAUGGUAAUGACGUUCUUGAUAAGAAUGGGAAACCUUGUAUACAUUCAGAUGGCACUGGCUACAUCUCUGAGGACCUUGCUCGGUUGUGUCCAGUAAAUAUUUUUAAAGGGAAAUGUCUCAGAAGUGAUAAUAUUCAGGAAGCCUGUAAACAAGACCCGCCUCUUCUGAUCCAGUUUCGGAUGUUUUAUUAUGGCUAUGCUAUUAAGGGAACUUUUCUCUUAAACAAGAAACUUCCUCCUUGGACAAUCCAGGUUCGACCCUCUAUGAUCAAGGUGUCUAAAGAUCCAGCCUUGUCAAAUAUUAGCACCUUUAACGCCCUGGAAGUAGUCAAUACAAGUCUUCCACCAAGAAGAACAACAAAUCUAUCAAGGAAUUUGGUUGCGCUGCUUAGCUAUGGUGGAGUCCCUGAUGACUUCUUUAUGAAUAUAUUGCUCAAUACACUUGAAGAGUCGAAAACCAUAUUCCACAACAAACGUUCCGCGCUUAAAAUUGCCCUUAACUAUGGAGAAAUGGAUGACCAUAAUGCUGCAGAAAUGAUCUUGGUUGGUAUUCCCCUCAACGAACCACACUUGAGGACUCAUUUGUCUACUCUUUUAAAGACAGAGAAUAAUAGUCUCAAAGAAGGAAAGCUUCCGGUGUCCGAAUCGUACUAUCUCAUGGGCACAGUGGAUCCCACCGGAGAGUUAAAGGAAGAUGAAGUCUGUGUCAUCCUUGAGUCUGGCCAAAUUUCAGGGUAUGUACUAGUUUACAGGAAUCCUGGACUACAUUUUGGAGACAUACAUGUACUUAAAGCUACAUAUGUUAAGGCCCUAGAAGAGUAUGUCGGAAACUCCAAGUAUGCUGUGUUCUUUCCUCAGAAGGGUCCAAGAUCUUUAGGAGAUGAGAUUGCUGGUGGUGACUUUGAUGGUGAUAUGUAUUUCAUAUCCCGAAAUCCCGAGCUACUUGAACACUUCAAGCCAAGUGAACCGUGGGUGAGUUUGAGUCCUCCUAGUAAAAGUGACUCUGCUAGAGACCCAAGCCAGUUUUCACCCAAAGAGUUGGAGAGAGAGCUUUUUGAUAUGUUCUUGAAGACAAGAUUUCAAGCCAGCAAUGUCAUAGGGAUGGCUGCAGAUUGCUGGUUAACAAUAAUGGACCGCUUCUUCAUUCUCGAAAAUGACAGAGCUGAGGAAAAAGCUGAAAUGAAAAAGAAAAUGCUAAAGCUUAUUGAUGUAUAUUAUGAUGCUCUUGAUGCACCAAAGAUAGGAGCUAAGGUCGAUCUCCCUAGCGAGUUGAGGCCUGACAUUUUUCCACAUUACAUGGAGCGAGAUCAAAUAUUCAAGUCCACUUCUAUUCUUGGAUUAAUCUAUGACUGUGUUAAAUCACAGACAACAGAGAAACACUCCCCAUCAUCUGAAAUCAGUAAACUCCAAUGUUUCGAAGAUGAACCGGUCUCUGAGUUUCAUAUGGAGAAAUGUAGACAGUGGUAUGACAAUUACAAGCGUGAUAUGAGCAAGGUGAUGAAUGCCGAUGAGAGCUAUAAGGAUGAAUUAGCCAGUGAAGUUAUUCAAAGAUACAAGCAGGAAUUCUACGACGCUGCAGGGUUUGAAGACAGCAGGAAAAGUCUUGAAGAACUCUAUCCUCAAGCCCUCGCACUCUACAACAUCGUUUACGAUUAUGCCAUUAAGGCAGGUGUUUCAACAUCGUUUGUGUGGAAGGUUGCAGGACCGGUUCUGUGCAGAUUCUACAGUAAGAAAACGCAGGAGAAAUCUGUAACGGGUUCAGUCUCUGUGCUUAAAGAGCUUUGGGGUUGA